GCAACUGCUACAACAGACAAAAAGGCAGUUACUGGGUCUGAGAAGCAAUUGCCACAAUGGACAAAACAUCAGUUAUUGGACUCUGAGGAGCAACUGUCACAAAUGACUUGUGGUGGAGCAGUAGGGUAAGAGAACACCACAGCUGCUGCAAUGGUGGUCCCAGUAACAAAUUUAAAGGUGUUCAUGUACACUGGGCCAAAUGAAAAUGGCUUUCUCCCUCUUGCCGGUGUGCUCCAGCUUUGAUGAUAACCAGCUUGGAUUUUGUUGUCACACUAUAGUUGUUGAAAUGUUUGGGUGCUCUAAGGAAAAGACCAUGAUAUUGGAGGGCCUUCAUCACUCCCUUCAAUUUUGUCUCCCAAGACAUCAACAAGAGCAUGUUCAUCUGCAAGUCUUUCAUUAAGAUACUAACAGCACAGGCCAUAUCUAAAGCACCAACCCCAACAACUGUAGUCUUACUCCGGUAUUGGGUGGGGGGUGGUAUGAUCUUCCUUAAGAAGGUUCUGAAUCAGCUGAUGCUUGAGAGUUUCCAUAUUGGACCUAGAAGAGAGAGGAACCUGGAGUGCAUAUCACACAGGUGUUGGAGUGCACAUUGUUGGAUCCUGACUUGAAGGCAGCUGCUCCAGUCACAUCUUUAUGUCUCCUUUGAAGAAGUGCCCAUUUAAUUCAUCUAAGUUUACCUUUGGAACGUAGGUGUGCCUCCUGGAAACAACAAAAGGCAUCUGUCCUUUUAGAAGAGAGCAGAAAAUGAUGAAGUCCCAGGGGUCAGUAUCAUUCAAGGAUGUGGCUGUGGAUUUCACCCAGGAGGAGUGGCAGCAACUGGCCCCUGCUCAGAGGACCCUGUAUAAGGAUGUGAUGCUGGAGAACUACAGCCACCUGGUUUCAGUGGGGUAUCCAGUUUCCAAACCAGAAGUCAUCUCCAAGUUGGAACAAGGAGAAGACCCAUGGAUCAUAAAGAACGAGCCAUCAAAUUGGAUCUAUCCAGAUGAAAUUCAGGCAGAUGGGAGACAAGAUAUGUAUAGUGAGCUUGACAACCCUCAGUCGUAUAUUUUGGGAUCUUUUUCCUUCCAUAAUAAGAUACUGAAAGGAAUCACAAAGGAUGGUUCCAUAUACUCUAUUUUAAAAGUCUGUCAAGAUGAUGACCAGCUGCAAAGAUGUGAGAAAAACCAAAGCAAACUUUUCAGAGAAGUCACAGUAUUCAGUAACAAAACAGUGACUGUGCAGUCAGACCACAAAUAUAAUGCUUUGGGAAAAAUAUUUCAAGAGUGCAUUGGGACAGAUAAUUCAAGGCAAAGACACCAUAACUAUGAUGCAUUUAAAAAGAACUUGAAAUCUAAUAUUGACCUGCCUGAUUGUAGUAAGAGCUAUUCAAGAAAAAAUCCUAAUGAAUCUAAUUGUAAUCUUCAGAAAAUUCACAGUGGAGUAAUACCUUGUGAUGAUAAUCAGUGUGGAAAUGUUUUCAGCAAUAAGCAAUCUCUUUUUCAAUAUGGGAAUGUUGAAGCUAGGGAAAAAACCUGUGUAUGCAUUACAUGUGGAAAAGCCUUUGCUAAGAAAUCACAGCUCAUUGUCCAUCAACGAAUUCAUACUGGAAAGAAACCAUAUAAUUGUGGUGCAUGUGGAAAAGCCUUCAGUGAGAAGUUUCAUCUCACUGUACAUCAGAGAACUCAUACUGGUGAGAAACCUUAUGAAUGUUCUGAAUGUGGAAAAGCCUUCUCUCAAAAAUCAUCACUCAUUAUACAUCAGAGAGUUCACACUGGGGAAAAACCAUAUGAAUGUAGUGAAUGUAGGAAAGCCUUUUCCCAGAAAUCAUCCCUCAUUAUACAUCAGAGAAUUCACACAGGAGAGAAACCUUAUGAAUGUAGAGAGUGCGGUAAGGCUUUCUCCCAGAAGUCACAACUUAUUAUACAUCAUAGAGCUCAUACUGGAGAGAAGCCAUAUGAGUGUACGGAAUGUGGGAAAGCUUUCUGUGAGAAAUCCCAUCUUAUUAUACAUAAAAGAAUUCACACUGGGGAAAAACCCUACAAAUGUUCUCAAUGUGAGGAAGCCUUCAGCAGGAAGACAGAACUCAUUACACAUCAGUUAAUUCAUACUGGGGAGAAACCAUAUGAAUGUACCGACUGUGGAAAGACCUUCUCCAGGAAGUCACAACUCAUCAUACAUCAGAGAACACAUACUGGAGAGAAACCCUAUAAAUGCAAUGAAUGUGGAAAGGCCUUCUGUCAGAAAUCACAUCUCAUUGGACACCAGAGAAUUCACACAGGAGAAAAACCGUAUGUAUGCACUGAAUGUGGGAAAGCCUUCUCUCAGAAAUCCCACCUUCCUGGACAUCAACGAAUUCAUACAGGAGAGAAACCUUACAUGUGUGCAAAAUGUGGAAAGGCUUUUUCCCAGAAGUCAGAUCUUGUUUUACAUCAAAGAAUUCAUACUGGAGAAAGACCUUAUCAGUGUGCGCUAUGUGGGAAAGCCUUUAUCCAGAAAUCACAGCUCACUGUACAUCAGAGAAUUCAUAACGGUGGUAAAAUCACAAUGAACUAAGCACAGAAAAGCCUUUAGUAUUAGUUCAAGCCUUAAUAAACCCUAAAAACUUGAUUAAUUUGAUCAGUGUCUGGAAGACAUCUUUAUAGAUAAAGUUUUACAUGUUUGUAGUGUGAUCAUAUCCUUUUUCAGCAAUGAUCAUGGAUAAUUAUUAAAUGAAGGACAUUUUCAACAUGGCAUGUAAAUCUAAAGUCAUGAAUUACAUGGUCAGUAGAACAAAUUAUGUACAUAGAAUAUUGUCAAGUUGCAUAUUCCUUAUACCACAUCAACAAUGAUUAUUGUGAAAUUGCUAGUAUUAGCUUGGCAUGAGUUUGGCCAUAUAGUAACUGCCUAUAAAAGACAUAAGAAAGUUGGAAUAGAAAAAAAAGUCAGUUCCUAGAAACUACACUAUAAGGAUACUCUUAGUAUGACCAUAGAUACUUGUAAAAAUUCUUAUACAAAGAUAAAAAGAUAGCUUGAUCAGAUUCAAUAAAGUUCAUGUUUAUGUGUUUUCUCAUCUCAAGCACAUAGUUGACUUGUACCUCUGGAAACAUGCUAGACCUUGAUUUUGAUGCUACUUUAUCAGGCUCUCCCUGGGAAUCUGUUAUGGUGGAAAGUCUGUUAUGGUACCAAAGUUAAAUGAUCUUGGCAUUUAAUAAUGGCUCAAUUACUCAGACUGUGUGACAUUAGGCAAACCUUCAGAACAUUGUUUUUCUUAUCAGUAAUUUGAAAGUACAUUGUAGAGCACAUUUUCAAUAAGUAUUAAUUUUAUCUGUCUUUAUCCUCCUUCCAUGGGAUGCUAAAAGUAGUGUGCAAAAGCCACACCUUCACUUGCUUCACACUCCAGGUGCUGUGCUCUUGGUCUCCUAUUCCUGUAACUGUCCGUUUUACUAUCUUUUACUAAUGGCUUGAUUCUUGGUAUGUUAAAGUGACAUUUUAUUAUACACUUUAUUUUUCACAUAGACAUAUAAACUCUGCUGUUUGUACAUGUCUAGUGUCUUUUCAGUUCCUUUCUGACCCAGUGCCUCAGCCCCAACUAUUCCUUGGGAAUUGAGGACACCUACAGAGGAAAACUCAGAGUGGGAAAUCAUGCCCAGCAUAGAUUUGAGAAUUUGAUUUCUCUGAAAUGCCCCCUACCCUUCUUUCUGUGGUUCUACCUAUUCCUCCAUAAGCUGCUUUGGUUAAUGACGCCUCGUGGAGAGCCCUAUGUGAGUGUAUAUUUGCCUGGGAUGAGGGUAUCUGUAUGAACAAACCUGAUUUAACCAUAUUUGCAUAGUUCAUCACAUAGUUCCCACUUGAUUCCAUCAUGUUUUCUGCCCUCCUGAUUUUCCUGAAUUGCUGAAUUUACUGUGAAAAGAUGGGCCCCUUCUGGGCCAGAAGGUCUGCACAGGAGAGGGCUCACCUCACAGGGGACAUCUCAUGCAUUGAACUGCCUUGAAUUUCCUCAUGUAAGAUGUCCCAGCUGGCCUUUAUGAUGGCAUGAGGACAAGAGAUCACAUUGGGAACACACAGAAAUUUAGUGUAGAGGGAGUUAGAUAUAACAAAGUUUCACAGUUGCACCCUCCACACCUCUCAUUUGGUACUUCCAAUGGGUUUCUGUAAAAAUUCUAUAUCAGACUUGCCACCUUGGUCGAACACUUGACUAUUUUUAGCUGUUAGGAGCUAGCCCAUGGAAUGGGGCAAGAGAAAGAAGUAAUAGGCAUAAGGUUAGCAAAAGAAAAGUAAAAUGGACACUAUUUGCAGAUGAUGCAAUUAUAUAUAAAAAUAUUUACUAGUUAUUAAAAAUGGCCAGUUUCUUGUAUAAGUUGCUGUAUACAAUUUUAAUACUAAAAAAUAAACAUUCUGGGCCUCCCCGGUGGCACAGCGGUUGAGCACUGGGUUGCAAAGCUGCCCGCAGCCUCUGAAGCACCAGUUCGAUCCCCGGCUGCUCCCCGGCCACCGGAGGAGGGUCCCACAUGGCUCACAGACCUCUCCUGCCGCCCGCUGCUCCCCUCAGCAGUGUACUUUGGUCCUUCUGCCUGCUCUGCUCCCCGCUCUGGCUCUGGUGAAUUCUCUCACCCUCCCGUGCUUCUGACUGUACCCAGUGCUUAUAUAAAUAAAUAAAUAAAUCUUUAAAAAAAAAAAGUGUUAAAAAAAUAAUAAAAUAAACAUUCUUCAAACCAAUAAUAGUGAAGUUUUAUAGAUACUAUUUACAUUAGCAUCACAAAGUGCAGGAACCUCUAUGGAAAGUUGUAUAACCUUAUUGAAUAAAAUUAAAUUUAAUGAUAAUGACAAAAGACUGGAAAGAUCAAUGUUAAAGAUAGUUUUCCCCAAAGUGAUUUCUAUAUUAUUGGGGGAAUUGGGGAAAGAAAAUAAAAUCCAGAGAAGCAAGCCCAUUUAUGAUAGAAUUAACUCAUUUCAUUAUUGAACAACAAAAUACCAUAUCCCCCCAUGUAAGUAGCAAAUGGCUAUAAAUUUGUAGUGUCUUUUUACCUUUUUAUAUAGAGUUAAUUAUGCAGUUGUUAGAAAUCAUCCUACUGUUUGUAAAUUAUAGAUAAUUCAAUUUUCAUCCAUGGUUGCGCUGUGCUUACUGAUGUCCAGUUUUACAAAUUAUCAAGCUUCCUCUGAUUCCUUAUUUAUCAGUACUUUCUCCCACAGUUGUCCAUGUCACUAUAUUUAGUGCAUAUGAUUAGUCAUCUUUCAACAUUUCUGAUAAACUUAAAUCAGUUUAAUUUCUCAUGGAGAUUUUUGCCUAUAUUUUCUUCUAUGUAUUUUAUGGUUUCAGGUCUUACAUUCGAAUCUUUUAUGCAUUUUUUUUUUUAUUUUGGUGUGUGGUGUGAAAGCUUUUUCAUUCUUUUGCUUGCAGCUGUUCAGUUUUCCCAGCACCACUUAAUUGAAGAGGGUUUCCUUUCUCCAGUGUAUAUCUUAACUCCUUUGUGUAGAUUAACUGUCCAUAUAGGUGUGGUUCUAUUUCUGGUCUCUCAAUUCUACACCAAUGGUCUGUAUUAGCUGUUUUUGUUCCAGCAACUCUGCUUUGAUUGUUACAGUUUUGUGUAUUAUUUUGAAGACUGUGAGUGUGGUGCUUCCUGUCUUCCUCUUUUUUCUCAGUAUUGUUUUGUUUAUUUGGGGUC